UAAUAACCAUAACCUAUCGAAGAAAGAAAAAAUAGCAAAUAAUUAUUGGCCUUGACGUUCUUUAUCAUGAUAAUGAACGGUGAGGAUUCAAAAUGAAAUCAACAACAACAACAACAAGAACAAGAAAAAAGGAUGGAAAAAAAUUUGAUCGAUAAACAUGAUUAAUGUGUCGUGUAUCUAUAUAUAUAUAAAAGGACAAGUAAACACAAAGGAAAUCAAAUCGUGAUUUGACAAUGCCGCAGCCAUCGAAUGUUGAAUAUUAUGAUCAAUUAGAUCGAUUAAAUUUCAUUUAUCCACAUUAUGAAAGUCCAUUUCCUGUGGUGAUAAAUCCAAACUAUUCCCAAUGGAUGAUACGAUACUGUUAUGAAUGGGCUAUUGAUAAUAGUGGACCAUUACGAAAACAUCAAGCAUUCGUUGAUUCAAUCCGUAAUUCUGAUCUUGGUCUUUAUUCAGCAUGUUGUUUUCCAUCGGCAAAUUUUCAUCGUUUAGAAAAAUUAAUGAAAUGGUGUACGAUGUUUUUUCUUGCCGAUGAUUAUCAUGAUGGUCUUAGCCGUAUACUAAGUAAUGGACAAAUUGAUUAUGGUAAUUUUUGGCAUCAAAUGAUCGAUAUGUUUGAUGGUAUAUUGACCGGCAAUCAAUGUAAUGAAUGGCCAGAUUUUAUAAAAGCCAUACAACGUGUGAUGAAAGAAACAUAUUUCGAUUAUACAAAACAACAGAUCAAUCGAUCAAUUAAAAUGUUUAAAGAUUAUAUAGCUGGUAAUAUAUUGGAAGAUGAAUGGACCACGAAUAAUAAUAAUGAUCAUAUGAGUAAUGGUAAUGGAACAAACGAAACAAUUAUUCCUAAUUGGGAUAGUUAUAUGAAAGCACGUCUUGGUUCAGUUGGUGGUCAGAUGACGUUACAAUUGAUUGAAUAUGCUAAAAAUAUAGCCCUUACUGAUCAUGAAUGGAACCAUCCAUUGAUGAAAUCAUUGAUUGAUGCUGUAUCCGAAGAAAUGAUCAUGGUUAAUGAUCAUCUAACAUUUCGUAAAGAGGUUGCUGAAGCCAAUUUUAAAUUUAGCCGUAUGAGACAUGCUUAUACUGUUCUAGUUCAUACUAAAGGUUUUACAUUACAAGAAGCUGUUAAUCAUGUACAUCAAUUAAUUCAAGAAAAAGAUACCUUUAUAUUCGAUCUAAUCGAUCAGAUUAUGCUUGAUCCUGUAUUGAAUUCCAGUACAGAAGCAUCAGAACGAUUACGGCUAUAUUUGGAAGGUGUAAAAGAAGUAUUGGGUGGUUAUUGGCGUUAUGCUGUACAAGCACGAAGAUAUCAUGGACAAAAUUUUCAAUUGGAUGCUAUACCACCUGGUGGACAUUUUUUAUAUGAUCAACAUCAAACAAUUAUACUUUUGAAUAAUAAAAACAAAUUAAAUAAUCAUCAUCAACAACAACAACAACAACAUUAUUAUGAAUGGUUAAAACCGGUACCGGAGAAUGUUCAACCAAAAUAAAUAAACAAAAUGUUAAUCUUGAUCAA